CUACUGUUUUGUUUUUUAAGGAUGUUAGAUAGCAGGGGUUUGGGGUUUUGGUUAAGAAUUCACGAAUUAAAUUAUCCUUGAGUGUUGUGUAUUGUGUGUGAACAAACCAUAUAACACGAAAAGAGAGGCACAGACUGACUUUAGCACUGCGGAUAAACAGCGGUUAGCUAAUGUUGCUAACUAGCUGUUAGGUCGAGCUAACAAUAGCUAGCGUUCGUUACCUAGCGAGGUGAGCUCACCCAGGUGCGGCUAGUCACUCAGGAUAAACCAGCGGCUCAUUCGCGCGUUAAACAAAUCCUAUGCAGAAUGGACGUGAAUCUCACCAUUUCUCUGAUGAGAGGGCAGAUGGGGGUGGUGAUUGAGAAGGCCGUGAACGCGGCGGUGGAGACGGUGUUGGGGGAGAUGAUCCGGGUAAUGAGCCUCAAGUUCGAGCAGCUCCGGAGGGAAAUGUCGGCCAAGGAGAAGGAGAACGAGGACAUCAGGAAGAUGCUAGAGUCGACUCGGUGUCAGCUGAAGAUGCUGCGGCAGAAAUAUGUUGAUGCACUGAACACUAAAGACAACAGGCUUACCUUUGGUCCACACAGACAUACAGUGGGGCAGAUAAACACAACCAGACACACUGCUGGUCAAGGGGACGCAAUCAGACACACUGCUGGUCACUUUGACACAACCAGACACACUGUUGGUCAAGGGGACACAAUCAGACAGUCAGUCAGUCAGCUGGACACAAGCAGACACACAGCUGGUCAAAUGGACACAAGCAGACACACAGCCGGUCAGUUGGACACAAGCAGACAAGGAGUCGGUCAAGUGGACAUAACCAGACAUGCAGCUUGUCAAAUGGACACAACCAGACACGCAGUGGACACAACCAGACACACAGUCAGUCAGGUGGAUGCAACCAGACACACAGCUGGUCAAAUGGACACAACCAGACAAGCAGUCGGUCAAGUGGACAUAACCAGACAUGCAGCUGGUCAAAUGGACACGACCAGACACACAGUCAGUCAGGUAGAUGCAAGCAGACACGCAGCCGGUCAACUGGACGCAACCAGAGCCCAUCAGGUCACAGCUGAUCAUGGAAUGCCACCGAAGAGACGCUCGUCAAACACGGGAUCACCCUGUACCGAAUCUCUCACACUUGUUCUCAAACCCCGGAAUACUGACGCGGCUCAUACAGCAUUGCCUGUCCCUAAAACGCACAAAGUCAUCCAAGAAACUGUCCCCACUGAGAGCUGCCACAACGCUGACAUGUGUAAUGAGGAGGUGCCAGGAUUAAAAUCACAUCUGGGAUUGAAAGUGGAGAACUCAAGCAGCAUUGUACCAGAGAGCCUCGAUCCUCUGUGGGGUCAAACAGCUCAGACGAGCACAGAAGCUGAACAUACAGAGAUGGUGGAUACGAACCUUCUUUCCGUGACUCAUGCAAACGAGCUGCUGAACCCAGCUAUGGCAGACUGCAGAGAGCCCGUUUUAAAGAUCAAACAGGAGGAAGCCGAGGUUGAAAUCGUCGAGGUGAAGGAGGAGCAAGCCGAGCCGUCCACUUCGGAGCUUCCUCGGAUUGAGCUUAAUCAGCAUCUGUCUGGAGCAGGCAUGGCCAUAGAGCUUCCAGUGACACAACAGUGCAUCCAGAUGCCUUCAGUGUCUGAACCGGCCUUCAUGGGUGUGGACCCAAACACAUAUGCUGAGUCUCAGAUGACUGUGGCAGAUACGCAAAGGCAGAUGCAUCCAUUCUGUAAAGACCUGAUGCUGUACGAGGAUUACAAGCGCAAACGCAUAGAAGUGCGUAAACGAAGUGAGACCCGACGGCGUGAGCUGGAGCGAACGCUGCCUCAGGCUCUCCUGGCUGACCUCGUGAAGGAACGCAGAGAAAAGACCCGGCUCCGAGUGGCCCGCUGGAGAGCCAAACGCAAGCUGCAGGCCUGCCUAAUGGCACAGGCGGCACAAUUUAAUAACACGCAGGCUCUCUACGCUCAACGCAACGGCAGGAGGAGAGGAGGGGCCGCCCCACAGCAGGGGGGCAUCAGUCUGGGCACAGCUCAGUCUGAGACUGGCGUGUACACCAUGCCGCUGCAGAUGGGCACCAGUCCUCUGCUGGCAGCACAAAGACUUGGCAUGGCUGAAAGUCAAAUGCAGCCUGGAGCGUCUGUGUUUGUGAGGACUUCAACAUCUGGAUCUGAGACCUUCCAGUGAAAGUGUAAAAAAAAAACAAAAAAACAUUGCUUUGGCAAAAUGAUACAGUAAUUUCUGAUCUGCACAUUUUCUUUAAACAUGAUUAAUUUUAAACCAUGUAAGGAUUGUCAGCACAAACGUGUAACAAGCUAAAGUAAUUACAUGAAGCUAAUGCUGGCUUUUGAUGCCUGACGGACAUUUUAUUGCAUAAAAAUGGGAAACAGGAAAUAAUUGUUUCUAAGGAACCCAGAGUGCUGCUAUGUCAUUUGUUGGUGUAGCUGGAAGGAGGAUUUCCUGUUCUUCUUAUCCAGAGUUUACUGUGAGUAAACAUGCUACACGAUAAAAUCAUCAUGUGUCACAUGAAACAUGUGUAUUGCAUGAGGUAAUUGCUUGAUUCUGACUAAUACAUUAGGUAUAGCAGAAAGGACAAAAAAAGAAAAAAAGUAUAAAGUAAGUUGUGGCUGUUAAAAAAAUACAUUAAUUGAUUGUUUCUGCUAACCCUGCCCUUAAGUCCAUUUGUGUGGUUUUAUGUAGCAGGAUAUUUGUUAUCCAUGUCAAUAUUUUCACCAACCCUAAUUUCUUUUUAAUUAAUUUUUUUUUUGUCA